AGAGUUUCAAAACACAGGGCCAUAGAGCAUGAUGGGAAAUAACAAUGGCGUCAAAAUCAACUGUCUAAAUACAAGUUGUACCCCCACAGCGAAAAGAAAAUGCCACCCUAUUCAUGACUCUAGUAUGGCUAGAGCGUUUAUGUUGGUGUUCAAAUUAUGAUUCAAGGGUAAUACGUAAUUAUGAGUGGAAGUCAUAGCGACAAAUAUAACAAUUCCUUGUUGGCUGAAUCCAAACUCCACCACAAGCAUGAUGAAAUGGGGCACUAAUUUGGGGGAGGCGCUUAUUCAUGGGAGGCACUUAUUCCAGAAAAUAUGUCUAGCCAAACGUGAGCUCCUACUUGCUUCAGGGGAAUUACUUGAAAAAAACAGAACAAAGAACCAAAAGACAAUUAAAACUUCCUUUAUCAAUUCAAAGGCAAGAAAUGACCAAAUAGUGCAGGAGCUUGAGGCAACCCACAAAAGCUUGAAGAAAAGAACAAAUGAAUCCAAUGACCCAACCUUUCUUGCAAUGCGGAAUAACUACAUGGGUGUAGUUGAAAAAGAGUCCCCUAUUUGGCUGGCAAGAGCUCAGUCUGACAUGUCUUAGACCCUAGAGGUGGCGUUCACUAAAACAAGGAUAGGUGUGGCGUAUACAAUAGCCUGACGUUUACUGUGAUGAGGGUAGGCACAUAGCUUGGUUAGAGUAUUAGUUUAAAUUGAUAGAUAUAAAAAUAUAUGCCUGGAUGGAUUUUUUAUCAGGAAGAAGUGACUAUGAUAAUGUUUUAUGUGUGUGUUCUUUUGUAAGAUCCACUUCUUAUUUGUCUCGGCGUUGCUUGGGAUACCUAGUUUACCCCCAAAACACAACAAGAAGCACUCACAAAACAGCACAAUAUUACAAUUACUACUGUAUUUUAAAACAAAAGAAUGGAGAAUUGACUUAUUUUGAAGGUUUUGGCAAGUAAAGAUUCAGUUUAUCUGUCUCUUGUCUUAUCAGUUCAAAUGUAUAUUACAGUAUGUGUGAAAAACUAUGAAAGAUUAGGUUUUAUCAUAGUGCAGUAUCUGGGAAAAUCCUGGCUAUGCUCAAACAAACAUAACUAUUUAUAUUACUAGUUACAUCUCGACUGAGACUGCACUACUGAAAGUUCAGAAUGACAUCCUAGUGAGCAUGUAUAGACAGGAAAUCACACUUUUAGUCUUAUUGGAUCUUAGUGCCGCCUUUGAUACUAUUGAACAUGACAUCCUUCUUGAAACCUUAAAGCUGACUUGUUGGUGUGGCAGGCAAUGCUAACGACUGGAUAGCGUCAUUUCUUUCUGAAAGAUCGCAGUGAAUUGUCAUUAAUAACAAAUCAUCUGAAAACUUCAAUCUCGACUGCGGCGUUCCUCAAGGCAGCUGUCUUGGAACAAUUCUGUUUAUUAUAUAUGCAAGUGGAAUAUUUAACAUUGUGAAGCAGCAUUUUUCUAAUGCCCACGGCUAUGAAGAUGACGCACAGCUGUACCUUUCUUUUAAACCAUCUAACCCCUGUGCACAAGAUAACGCUAUAAAAUCGAUGAAACGCUGCAUUUCGGAUCUUCGGGCAUGGGUGAUCAGUCAUCGUCUCAAGAUAAACGAGUUUCUUGUGAUCGGAAGAGAUGGUGCAAUAACAGCCAUGUGGUCCCACCAAGCUUGGACAACAAGACAAGUUUCCAUCAUGCUAGGUUUUUGUGUUUUAUUUUCCAAGUCGCAGAAAACCCCUUUAAACGUCUGUAUUUAAAAUAACUCCGGGUAGGACUCACUGACCUCAUCCGACAUUGUUGUAAAAUUUGUGGGACUAUUGUGGGACAUUUAGGUUGCACUUCGCUGGCUUCUAUUUGCUGCUUUCUGAUUGGAUAUUCGUGCGCGCGUCGGAUCUAUGAAUACUUCACGCAGACACUAAAAACCCAUCUUUUCCGAUUGGCUUAUUUCACCUAGAGGACUCGUUAAUUUAGGUGACCGCGUUGUAAUUUGUUAUGUCGAUUUAGUUUGGAUGUUUUUGUAAGAAUUCGUCUUCUGUUAGCGCUUUAGCGUAUUAUAAGUAAAUAAAUUAUAAAAUAAAUUACUACAUUUAUUAUGACUUGUAGAAGUGGGUAUAUGACCUACACUUUAGUCUUUGACUGCAAAAACUGCAAAAGGCAUCAAUAAACCAUUAUUAUUAUU